GGCCUUACAAUCCUAAUGCAAAUACUUUCUCUCUAUAAAUUCUCGGGCAGCGAAGAAAUUAGCAGAGACUAGCGGAAACCGAGACAAAGAGAGAAGAAUAAGAAGAAACGACAAGAGCUUCCGGCGUUGACUGGCGGCGAAGUCGGAGAUUCUGCCUCCUUCCAAAAUUUACUCUCCUUGUGAAAUCCCUGUGAUAUUGGAAUUUGAAGUAUAUUAGAGAGAGGGCUUGAACCGGUGAGAGAGAGAGAGAGAGAGAGAGAGAGAGAGAGAGAGAGAGAUGAAGUUUUUGGUGGAAGUGGAGAAUGGGAGCGAGGGAAAGGGCGACGCGCCUUCCGUUGGACCUGCCUACCGGAGCGUCUAUGCGAAGGAUGGGUUUCCGCCACCGGUCCCCGGCAUGGAGAACUGCUGGGAUAUUUUCCGCAUGUCUGUGGAGAGAAAUCCCGAUAACCGAAUGCUUGGGCGUCGGAAGAUUGUGAAUGGAAAGGCUGGUGAAUUUAUUUGGUUAACCUAUAAACAAGUAUAUGACCUUGUGCUCAAAGUUGGUGGAUCUCUUCGAAGCUGUGGGGUUACCAAGGGAGGUCGUUGUGGCAUAUAUGGUGCCAAUUGUCCUGAAUGGAUCAUCAGCAUGGAGGCUUGCAAUGCUCAUGGGAUAUACUGUGUUCCUUUAUAUGAUACCCUUGGUGCUGGUGCCGUUGAAUUUAUUAUAUGUCAUGCGGAGGUUGAGAUUGUAUUUGUUGAAGAGAAAAAGAUUGGGGAGGUGCUUAAAACGUUUCCUAGUUCGACCAAAUAUUUGAAAAAAAUUGUAAGUUUUGGGAAUGUCACUCCUGAUCAAAGAGAAGCAGUCGAAAGUUUUGAUUUGGCAAUACAUUCUUGGGAUGAAUUUUUGACUCUGGGGGAUAAUCAGCUCUUUGAUCUUCCGAUAAACCAAAAAACAGAUAUUAGCACCAUAAUGUAUACUAGUGGAACAACUGGAGAUCCUAAAGGUGUUUUGAUUUCGAAUGAAAGCAUCAUAACACUUGUUGCUGGUGUAGUUCUGCUGCUCCAAUCUGCGAAUGAAGAGCUCCGUGAUGACGAUGUUUACUUGUCCUAUCUACCUUUGGCACAUAUUUUUGAUCGGGUAGUUGAAGAGAUGUUCAUAUUUACUGGGGCUUCCAUUGGCUUUUGGCAAGGGGAUGUUAAACUUUUAGUGGAAGACAUAGCGAUGCUAAAACCUACUAUAUUUUGUGCUGUUCCACGUGUACUUGAUCGAAUUUAUAACGGUUUGCAAGAGAAGAUACGCGCUGGAGGAUUUUUGAAGAAUAAGUUGUUUAAUUUUGCAUACAAUUACAAGCUUUCUAACAUGCAGAGAGGAUAUAAGCACGAGGAGGCAGCUGGAUUGUUUGACAGAAUUGUUUUUUCUAAGGUGAAACAAGGAUUGGGUGGAAAAGUUCGCAUUGUCCUGUCUGGGGCAGCUCCUUUAGCUACUCAUGUGGAGUCUUUUUUAAGAGUUGUGACAUGUGCUCAUGUCUUACAGGGCUAUGGUCUAACAGAAACUUGUGCUGGAACAUUUGUGUCAUUACCAAAUGAAUUUUCAAUGCUUGGAACUGUGGGUCCGCCUGUACCAAAUGUGGAUGUACGUCUUGAAUCAGUACCUGAAAUGGAUUACAAUGCCCUUUCAGACGUACCAAGAGGAGAAAUUUGUGUCAGGGGGAAAACUCUGUUCUCAGGAUACCACAAGCGGGAUGAUCUCACAAAUGAAGUUCUUAUUGAUGGGUGGUUUCACACAGGGGAUGUUGGUGAGUGGCAAAAAGAUGGAAGCUUGAAAAUUAUUGAUAGGAAGAAAAAUAUAUUUAAGCUUUCACAAGGGGAGUAUGUAGCAGUUGAGAACUUGGAGAACAUCUAUGGCCUUGUUCCUGCGAUUGACUCGAUUUGGAUAUAUGGUAAUAGCUUCGAGGCUUCACUGGUUGCAAUACUAAAUCCCAACAUAGCAGCUCUGGAACGUUGGGCUCAAGAAAAAGGGAUCAGCGGAGAUUUCAGUUCACUCUGUAAGAAUCCCAAAGCAAAUGAGUUCAUUCUGGGGGAGCUAAGCAAGACCGCCAAAGCAAAGAAGUUGAAAGGUUUCGAGUUUGUAAAAGCAAUUCACCUUGAGCCACUUCCCUUUGACAUGGACCGCGAUUUAUUAACCCCAACUUACAAGAAAAAGAGACCUCAACUUCUGAAAUACUAUCAGAGUGUGAUUGAUGAACUGUACAAAAGCAUCAAGUAAAAGAAUAUAAUUUUGGACUGUUGCUGUGCACCAGGAGUGCCCUCCCGCUGCUGUUACACAUUUUGUUUGGAAACCACCUAUAUGCUAUUGCAUUAUUUAUUGGAUAUGUAUAUUCUUCCUUUAAUUUGUAUUAUUGUUAUAAAUCUGUCUGUUUGUCACUUUGUCUUUUUCUUUGAAAUCUGCUGGGCUUUGUUUCUAUUUUGUUCUUCAUCAACCAAUAAAAUCUGAACUUAGGGAA